AUGAACGGAGAUGACAUUAUAGAAAUUCCACAUCUGGCUGUGUCAGAAAAUUCAAGAAUUCCCAGAAAGGUCUUUGCCACCCUGGAAGAAGCCCCUUCCUCCACUGCCCAGGAAGUGCACAUACCAGAUGGUCUGUUCUUCAGCUGCAGCCCAAACAGGGGAGUCAGCUGCCAGCAUGGCAAUGAGCCAGAAGAGGUAACAGCAGACAGCGGUGGCUACCAGCAUGGUGAUGAUCUCUCGGCGGUUGGAUGCCUUGAUGCUGAUGAGGCCCCAGAAAGUGGUGAAGAUGAUGACCUGAGAGCGAAGGAGUGUGCCGUCGUGGUGGGGCGCGGGGAUCCCAGAACGGUGCCCGGCCAGCUGCAGAUCUGGCUGGCAGGAGAGAAACAUUGCUUUUCCUCAAAUGAGGCUGCAAGAGAUUUUGGGGGUGCUGUUCAAGAUUAUUUUAAGUGGAAGGCUGACAGGACCAACUUUGAUGUGGAGGUGCUUUUGAAUAUCCAUGAUAAUGAAGUCAUUGUGGGCAUCGCAUUGACAGAAGAGAGUCUCCACCGAAGAAAUAUCACACAUUUUGGACCUACAACUCUAAGAUCUACUCUUGCUUAUGGGAUGCUCUGGCUCUGUGCUCCUCAACCUUCUGAUAUAAUAGUUGAUCCGAUGUGUAGAACAGGGGCAAUACCAAUAGAGGGGGCUACUGAAUGGUCUAACUGCUUUCAUAUUGCUGGUGAUAAUAAUCCAUUGGCUGUGAACAGAGCAGCAAAUAACAUCUCAUCUUUACUGACAAAGAGCCAAAUUAAAGAAGGCAAAUUGUCCGGGGGCUUGCCCAUAGAUGCUAUUCAGUGGGAUAUCUGCAAUCUGCCAUUAAGAACUGGCUCUGUGGACAUUAUUGUAACAGACAUGCCAUUUGGGAAAAGGAUGGGCUCCAAGACAAGAAACUGGAACUUUUACCCAGCUUGCCUGUGGGAGAUGAGCCAUAUCUGUAAACCAGGGACAGGCCAAGCUGCACUACUUACUCAGGACAAGAAAUGCUUUACAAAGGCAUUAUCUGGAAUGGAACAUGUAUGGUGGAAAGUGCACACUGUCUGGGUGAACAUAGGCGGUCUUCGUGCUGCAGUUUACCUUCUGAACCGCACACCUCAAGCUUUUGUUCAUCCUUCAGGACAGGAUAAAAAGGAACGUCUAAGUGCAAAGAAUGAUUAA